CAGGCUGGGGACGGUGUCGUUGCUUCGGGCUCGGCUGCUGCGGCAGCAGUUGCCGUUAACUCGCUGCCGUUUCUCCGGAGCCUGCUGGCUGGGUCCUCGCUGGGCGCGGGACGGGGCCCAGGGCCCGCGGUUGGUUGGGCCUCGGUGUGAGACGCGGUUCUUGAGGCUGCGGGCGGCGAGGACAGCGCUGGCAAAGACCCUUCGUGCAGCGCUGUUGUGUUUUGGAGUGAGCUGCUGGACGCCCACGGGUUAAUCUCAUUCAUAAACAUAAAAAGAAUAAAAUGUCCUUUGGACGUUGACUUUUCAGGGUGUCUCCGUACAAAAGUGGGCAAGGGGCUCUGCACAACCAGUCAUCAGAAUGGGCACAACUGCGUUACUGAAAUUGUAAUGCAAAUAUAUGUAAGAAAGCAUGUUUUCAGUCACCUCAACUGCAUUUUACAUGUUCAGUGUAAGUCGGUUAGGAUGGAAGUGAGACAGUGUCCCGUUCUCGCGUGAACGCUUGGGGAGGCAGCCGUGGGGGCGGCAGCGGGCGUCACGGCUCCUGCCGCUUCUCACGGUUGCGUUUUAAUCCGUUUUAAGCUUUGCUGAUAUCAAUGUCUAAUUACAGAUUGUAAUCGUAAGUUUUGUAUUGUCAUCCCAAGUUCUAAGCUCUCCAAAUACAGCUUCUGCACCUCCUUUUAUGAAUUGUGCCUCGAGAAGAGCACGGAAGUUGUGAGCGCAAAGAAUAACUUACGAAUUAUUCACAAGUCGUCAAAGGGACAUCCUGGUAUUAGGCGGCCUCAUCUCUUUUUUCAUACAAGGUGAAGCAAAGGAGCCGAACGAGAUCAGCUACGGAAAAGUAAGUUGCUAAAAUCAAUUUCCUGAUGUUUGGCGAGAUAUCACUGACUGAUUCAAAUGGAUGAAUGAAUGGAAGUUACGAAGCGCUCUUCUCCUCCCGCCGUGUGUUGGAGGAAGCUCAUCGGCUGAAGGAAAGCGGGAGAACCCCGGAAAGCGGCCGCUCAGCGCCCCCCCCCCCUAUGCCGCGCUCCUCCCGCCCGCCGGGCCUUGCGCAGCCGCGCCGCGGCGGUGGGCGGGGCCCGCGGCUGGUGGGCGGGGCAGUGUCGGGUGGCGGGCGGGGCCCAGGGCAGUGGGCGGGGCGGACUCUGGCGGUGGGCGGGGCUCGGCGCGGCCAUGGCGGCGGCUCCGCGUUGGCGGGAGCGGCUGUUCGCGCUGUACUUCCUCUCGCACGUCCCGGUGACGCUGCUGAUCGACCUGCAGCCGCUGCUGCCCGCCGGGGUCUACCCGCCCGCCGUGGCUGCAAAUGGAUAAGGACGCCUGCGAUUAUCUACUCCACCCACGUAGCCACGACUCUGUUUCCCAUCCUGGCGCACAUCCUGUUCCACGACUUCUCCAAGUCUGAGCACUCGGGACCUCAGACGCCGCGCGAGCGCCUGACGCUGCUGUCGAUAUACCUGCCGUACCUGCUGGUCCCGCUCCUCAUCCUCUACACCAUGCUCCGCAGCCCCCACUACAACCAGGCGGACAAGAGGAAGAGGAAGUAGCCCCAGCAGCGGCUGCACCGCGGCUCCGUCCCGCUCUGCUGCAGCCCCUGCGCUGGCGUCCCCCGGACAAGCGGCUCUGGCGGUGCUGGCUGCAGCAGUGACAACCUGAGGACCUGCACCAGGACCAGGACUUGGUUUGAGUCUACGGCUCCUUCCAUCCGAGUUUAAUGCUCUCCGUCCCCCGUCCCGGCCCCGCUCUCCAUCCCCAUCCCGGCCCCGCUCUCCGUCCCCAUCCCGGCCCCGCUCUCCGUCCCCAUCCCGGCCCCGCUCUCCGUCCCCAUCCCGGCCCCGCUCUCCGUCCCCCGUCCCGGCCCCGCUCUCCGUCCCCCGUCCCGGCCCCGCUCUCCGUCCCCAUCCCGGCCCCGCUCUCCGUCCCCAUCCCGGCCCCGCUCUCCGUCCCCAUCCCGGCCCCGCUCUCCGUCCCCAUCCCGGCCCCGCUCUCCGUCCCCAUCCCGGCUCUGCUCUCCAUCCCCGUCCUGGCCCCGCUCUCCGUCCCCAUCCCGGCUCUGCUCUCCGUCCCCCGGCCCCGCUCGGUCCGGUCCGUGCAGCCGCCUGUGCCGCAGCCCCGCGGGUCCCUCCCUCGAGGGGUUUUGUGCGGUACCCCUGCACAGGAACAGGAGCUGUUGACCAUUUGAGGUGUAAUUGUGUGGCGGGGGAGCCACAGCCGAUCCUUUUCCUUCACGUGCCCUUUUCCAGGGUGACUGUUAGAAAACCGCUUCAGUGACAAACUGGUCUUCCAAGAGCAAAAUCCAGAGCUGGUUAACGCAAAGCUGUGCUUUUGAAGCACUGCAAAUCAUACGAUCGUUCUUUACUUCCUCGCUCCUUCCUUUAAAAUUUCACCUUCCUUUGCUCUGCUUCAGCCUUGGUACAUCGUCAGCGUCUGAUCAACGAGAAAUGUGCCAAAAUCUGAAUUUCCAAAUGCGUAUCGUGAACUUCAUGACAUGAGGAUACUGCUGGAGUUCUGAAGUACUUCAGGGUUGUGCUCGAGGAUUUCUAAAUUGCUCUCUUCUAUGAAAUCACUUCUAGUAUGGAAAUAAAUAACUAAAUGCAUUAAA